AUGUCUCCCCAAUUGUGGCUGGUCUCAUUGGUGCCACCGUCCUAGUGGUGUCGGUCUCUGUGACGGUGUUUGUGUGGACCUGUUGCCACCAGCAGUUGGAGAAGAAGCAGAAGAGUCCCCCUUACAAGUUCAUCCACAUGUUGAAAGGAAUCAGCAUCUACCCAGAGACACUGAGUAACAAGAAAAAAAUCAUACGGAUCCGGCGAGACAAGAAGGGCGUUGCCAGGAAAGACGGGAACGGUCACCUUCUGGUGGAUGCAGCCGAAGCCGGGUUGGUGAGCUCUGACAAAACGUCCAAUGGGUUAAAUGCAACUUCUUGCGUCAACCAGCUCCCAAUCAAAGUAGAAUAUGGAGAAGAACUGAGUCCCAAUCAAAGCUUGACCCCGGCGGGUAGCAAGACUUCCUCACUGUCUUCUCCAGAAGAGGAGAUCAUGCUAGGAACCCUAACCUUCUCUGUGGAUUACAACUUUCCCAAGAAAGCCCUCGUGGUGACUAUCCAAGAAGCCCACGGCUUGCCAGUGAUGGAUGAACACAAUCAAGGGUCGGAUCCCUACAUCAAGAUGACAAUCCUGCCGGACAAGAGGCACCGAGUGAAGACACGCGUUCUUCGGAAGACCUUGGAUCCCGUCUUCGACGAGACCUUCACCUUUUACGGAAUCCCGUACAGCCAGCUGCAGGAUUUGGUUCUUCACUUCCUAGUGCUAAGUUUUGACCGCUUUUCUCGAGAUGAUGUCAUCGGAGAGGUGAUGGUGCCACUCGCAGGGGUGGACCCAAGCACUGGGAAAGUCCACCUAACCAGGGAGAUCAUCAAGAGGAACAUACAGAAAUGUGUCAGCAGAGGGGAGCUACAGGUAUCCUUGUCCUAUCAGCCUGUCACCCAGAGGAUGACCGUCAUGGUGCUGAAGGCAAGGCAGCUGCCCAAGAUGGACAUCACUGGCCUCUCAGAUCCCUACGUCAAGGUCAACGUGUACUAUGGCAGAAAGCGUAUUGCCAAAAAGAAAACGCACGUCAAGAAAUGCACUUUGAACCCCAUCUUCAACGAGUCAUUCAUUUAUGACAUCCCUGCCGAUCUUCUCCCUGACGUCAGCAUCGAGUUUCUGGUCAUCGACUUUGACCGCACCACGAAAAAUGAGGUUGUGGGGCGGCUGAUCCUGGGGGCGCACAGUGUCACAGCGGGCGGAGUGGAACACUGGCGGGAGGUGUGCGAGAGCCCCAGGAAGCAGAUCGCAAAGUGGCACAGCUUGAGUGAAUAUUAGCAGGGUAUGCGGAGGGCGCUGGGUGUUGACUCACACCUGUGCACGUAAGAGACUCUUGACUCCCCCCCCAUACCUUCUAUUUUAGUCGUAGAACUAAAAGUUUCCAUAAGAAGCAGCUGAUUGGUUCUCUGUUGUGACAUUAACAUUUACAGGGCGCGCGCACACGCACACAAAGGUUCUACAAACCGAGCUACGAAAAGUGGGGGGAAAAAAAAAGAGUGCAUUAAUUUUAAUAAUACCACAAAACAUAUAUAAGAGCAGUGUAAUCGCACUAUUGCAUGCCGAAUACAGACGUUUAAAAAGAAAAAGAAAAAAAAAACAGAAAAAAAUUAGCAUAACUUACCAAUAUUGAGAUGCAGUUUUUAAUGCAGUUUAUCUGUCACUAUGAAAGUCGUGUUUUGUGAUGAACUGUCUUUGCAGGUAUUCACAACUGGUUCUAUUCAGCUUCUCUUCCUGACUUCGGGUGCCCCCUUCCCUUUUUUAAAAAAAAAUUCUGAUGUCGACUUGCUGAUUCUUUGCUUGCCCUGUCUCGGUUAAGCCUCUGCUGUUUUGUACGAUUUGGAUGAAUUAACUUUGCUUGUACAUACGUGCAAUGGUCUAGGCAUUUGUCUAGGGGCAAAAGAAAUACCUUUCUGAAGUGGGUGUAAAAUGCCUGAAUGGCAGUUGCUGCUUUAAAACCAUUUCCUGUAAAAUAAAUAAUGGGAUUAACCCAGCAGUGCACAUGACCUGAGCUGUUCAAAAUCUUUGCCUCGGGUAGGAAAAUGUCUGUGGCCAGAAUCCCUCCCCCCACACUUUAAUUGCUGAACACCGUUCAAUUUAAGAAGUCUUUUCUCAUUUGCACUCAAAGCAAAAUGCGUGCUUUUUAAAGCCUGAAAUAGUUGUCAAGGAAACGUGCUCAGGGUAAAUAGUUUUAGGGUUAUUUCAGGGGUGUGGAACCUGCCAGGGACGGCUGGCCUCUGGUUUCUCCGAACCCGUGCUGGCAUGUCAGAUAGACAAGGCUGAUGGGAGUUGUAAUCCAGCCAUCCAGAGGACCCUUGGUUCCCCACUUCCAGCUUUUCAGGCAUAUGGAAACAGUUCUAUUCCUCCACAGGAGUAAUGGGAAAACGAAGGAGUUCAGAUUUUUUUUAAAAAAACCACCACCAUCACCAUACAUGGGAAUGCUUUGUGAGAGCUGCUUCGCCAUACAAUUUCCCAGAUGUGAAUCAUUUUUUUUCUUCUUGUUGUUGAGUUCCUCUUCCCCUUUCUCCUUUUCUUUCCACCUUGUGUCUAUUGUAAAAAAUUAAAACAAAGCGAAACUUGGAGAAGUUACAACUUUGUGUCAAAACAAAAACAAACGAAAAAAUUUUAAGAAAAAAAAAUAAUAACUGGAACCAUGUACAACUGCAUAAUGCUGUUAUACUAACCUAACAAACAUGUAAUGCUAUCUGUAACGUCAACAUUGUUUUAAUGCACACCCAAACAUUCAAAUAAAGAUGGAGUCACUUUACAUUUAUUGAUUGCUCAAAUUGAUCUUAGCCAUUCAAAAUGUGCAGGGGCAACAGGGGGUGCUGAUUUUGUAACUCCCAACAGGGCUGGGGAAGAUGCACGUUGUAGGCCGGCCUCCCCCAAACCUGGGAUCCCUGCGCUACCUAUUUAGCCAGUUUUGUGGAAUCAAUCACAUUUGACUCAGUUUGUGCGAAGCCAAAACCUCUGGUUGACAAACCAGUAUGGCUAACUCCGCUCGACACUAAGUCUAAAUCAAAUCAGCCACCUUAAAUCUUGGGGGGUGGGGGAAGAACUGAGUUUUUCUAAUUUUGCACCAGAAAGAAAACGGCCAGGGUCAGGAUCUCUUGUGCAAACUGAGUGUGCGGCUGCCCUUGGAACAUCAGUCACGCCCACGUGACACGCCAACUAACCAACAUUUUAGCCCAGCGUCCUGUAUAAACCCAACUUGCUUUGUGGUUCAGUGUACCACGCCGAUCCAGAAAAACGAGCAAAGGGGAUAACCCUGUCUCCAUGAUCUACAGCCCUGCAAAUACAGUCCCUCGGUAGAUCUCUUAAAGCAUUUAGCUGCAGGGGAGAUCAAAAGGGGGACACCUAUCUCCUUUCUUCAUGCUAGAACUGGGGAUCGGGCUAACAAUGGCUUAGUUAUUACUUUUCCCACCCACCCUGCUGUAUUCUCCUUAGCUUGCAAGACUGGUAAGCCACUGAUCUGUUUGCAGCUCGCCUCGUGGGCAUGCCACCUAGCGGCUGGCUCCAGCCACAACCAGUUAUCACAUAAAAGCUUCUCCCACCCAUUGUGCCCUUGCACGCGGGGUGCGCAGUCUCGCUACAAAGGCAUUACCUCAUCCUUUCGCUGCUGCCCCACCGUGACAAGAGGCACCGAACUCUCAGAAGAGAUGCAAUUUUUUUUCCUCCACCCCUCCGCCGGAGACAACAGGAAAAACCUUCCGGGCUUUUGAGCUACGAGGAAGUUUAAUAUCAGAUUGCAAAGGGGCAGAUGCACCCCUCGGUUACAGAAAAAAGAACUACAACCGCCCUGGCAUUAAAUAUUAGGAACAGCUUUGCAAACAACAACUAUUAAUAACAGGAUUACAGUGAUUCUGCGCACACGCACGCACAAACACACCCCUUUAACUCCAGACAUACUUCCUGUAUCUGCUGAAGUACACCGUAGUUGACCAAAAAAAUAAUAAAAUGCCAUAAUGGGUAUUUUCUUGACAAGGAAAACAAUUUCUUAAACAGCUUUUUAAUUUAAUUAAAACAAAAUGGUUCCAGCUGACUCGCUCUUUACGAGGUUGCUAUAAACAGCCAAUUACCAAGAAAUCAACUGGCAUAGAAAGUAUUUUAGACUGAAACAUAAUUACUUAAUUACUUUUCAAGAAUUUCAAUAUAUCUGCACCAGAGCAGCCAAAAACACUUGAUUUUCCCAACUUGAUGUUCAGAUGCAUAAAAUUAUCCCCCAAAUAGCAUAGCUGACUAGAAAUUACAAAAACAAUGUCCAAAGGUCUACUAAAGGACUACAAAAUUUCUUGUGGCAAAUUAAUUGUUUGAUUCUUGAGUUUUAAUUUUUAAACUUGUUGUUGUGUAGAUUCCCAGGAUGGCAACUCAAUUUCACAAUUCUUAUUCCACUCCCUUGCACUCCAAGCACUAACGUAUGUUUUUAUCUUCAACUUUAAAGUUAAAGAAACAAAAGCUUAGGCUUAAAAAAAUAUUUAUUGUAAGAAGGGCAGUAUAUAUGUGAACCAUAAAAAAAUAUGAAUUGUGUCCAAAGAAAGUGCUUAAUAUUCAGAUGUAAUCAUGCCAGGAGAAAGAUUUCACCAUUAGCACCACAAAAUACUGUAUUCUGCUAAGGCACAAAUUAAGGAAGUUUUUGUUUUCAGUUUGGCUUAAACAGCAGGCUUUGAAUCCACUACAAUU